AUGACAUCUUUCUGUCCUCCGAAAUCGAUCCUUUACCAGCAAGCUACACCUAAGCUCGGAUCCUUCGCUCCAACUGUCACGGGUCUUUCGAAUGAUGAUUGGGGUGACUGUCAAGCCCGUUUCACAGUCCCUUCUGAUUCUCACCCAUUGAGGAUAAUGCCGAUAGUGUGGAGAGUCAGUACGUCAGAAGUGAUAUGCUCGGUGGAUAAUCAGAACAAUGCCAAGGCUAUGGCUGUCUCUUUUCUUGGUGAAUCCGAUAGCAACAUUAUCGCCUGCUUAGACAAUUCUGAAUUCUGGUGGAUGUCCCCAGAGUGCUCGGAAGAUGGCUGGAAACCCUUUCCUGUUGUUCUGCGCGACGAUUCAUAUGAAUUCCAACGGAGCAAUUCUCCUCGUGUUGUGGAUUUUAGCCCAGACCGUAGUAAAGUCGCCCUCGCAUACCGGGGGCUGCCGUUGUCGGUGUGGGCGCUCGAUGAGCCCGGCCACGCCUCCUGGGCCGAUGCGAACGAGAAGGCGACAAAGGCAAAGACCGUCAAGGCCGUCUUGGAAACUAUACUGAUGUACAGAAUUCCAAAUGGUGAUUUCUUCGUGACUGGAGGUAGUGAUGGAACGCUAAGGAUUUGGGACUUUCACCACUUUGCACUUGUCUAUCAGCUUUUCUUCAGUACUCCAAUUACGGAUCUUGCAAUCGAUCCAGUUGCAAAAAGGGUCCACGAUCUCAGGGACAAUUUCUGCACUGUGUGGGAACAAAAUGCCCUGAUACGACUUACAGAUGAUGAUGAGAAUGCCAGCGACCAAUUGAGUUCGAGGAGAUUCCACGCUGGUUUCAUUCGCCUCAGAGUCAUCAACAGAGCUGCACGAGCCCAUCACCGCACUGACUGUGGACAGUAUUGGCCUUUAUUAUUGUACCGGGGACCAAGAUGGUGUUUUAAAACUGUUUACGCGCACUGGAACACAACUCCUGAAAACUCCAGCGAAUUUUAUGGCAAUUGA